AUGAACCGCCUUCAAAGUUAUUCGCAGUCCCUCUACGGACACCAUCCCACUGAGAAACGGAGUCUACGGUCAAACUUUACAGGACGCGAGGAGCGCGCAGCCUCGCUAUCCGGGUCUGAAGACGGGCAUCAUCAUGGCGGCGGUUAUGAGUCGGCAAAACACGACGAGACUGAAGUCGACGGCGCCGACCUGUCACUGACUUCGCAAACAUUGAACGCUGAUGGAACCCCGAAAAGGCCCAUGAACGCCUUCAUGAUCUUUGCUCGCCGCCGACGUCCUCAAGUCUCAGCCGAAAACCAGUCACUACGCACUGGAGAAGUGAGCAAGUUGUUGAGUAAAGAAUGGAGUACGAUGCCCGCGUCGGAGAAACAGUUCUAUCAAGAACAAGCAAAACUCUUGAAGGAUUCCUUCAACUCAAAAUAUCCUGACUAUGUCUAUCGUCGACGACCAAACAAUUCGCGUCGCCGGCGACGUUCCGACGCCAGUCUGAAGGCGCCGGAUGACAUAACGGGGGACAUGGGCGACGACGCGAUCUCACCUGGCGGAGGUUUCGACUCGCCAACGGAUCCCGACGACCACUUCGACGCUGGCAGCGACCACUCUUAUUCCCGCCUAUCACACGAACCGCCCCUCUUUGGUGACCCAUCUGGGAUAAAAUAUCCUGCCGCUCGCUCCGCCCACCAUCCCUCCAACGACCUCUACUUCCGACACCCGAGCAACACCAAUGAUCCCCGGCUUUCCUUUAACACCUCAGGAUCUGAUCGUAUGUCCCAGAACAUGGCGCCAUCUCUGCUUCAACAGCCACGAAUCCAGCAGUCACUGCAACAUUCGACCGGGAAUUACGGUUAUGGCCAAUCUUCCUCGUCCGGCGGAACAUUCAACUCUCAGCAGGGUUGGAACGCACGGAUACCGCGCGAGCCCUCACUAUGGUCCGGCGGUCUUCACCAGGACCGCACUAAUUCGAGUUUAGACCUCAAGCCGAUCGGCCUUGGGUCCUCGGAUAACUGGAGCCACUCUCCGACUUCCAGCACUGGAAGUUCCAACGGGUCCCAGCAGCACCUAUUUGGUUCGCUGAACCCAUCAUACAGUCCCAACCCGAACCAACCCAACCAACCCUCCUACAAGACGACUUCUUCCACCUCCCAAUAUGCCCCGUCGAAUUCCAUGCAUCUGGCAUCCAAUCGCAGCUAUGAUCCCCGCGGAACAUCUGUUCUAGGGCUUGGGGAACCACUGGUUUACCCUGCUCGCAAUAUGUCCCGAGAACUUCCUCCCGUGCACACGAUCCCCGGAUACUCAUCUCAGUCUCCAUCGAGUGGCGGUCAGAUGGGGGCAACUCAGGGUUACCAGUGGCCGAGAGAAUUCUAUCUGAACGGUCGCAGUGACCUGGACCUGAUGGGGGUCUCAACCCUAAAGGACCAGUAG